AUGGCAGCCGCAGAGUAUUUCGGCUCUGGGGCUCGACCCUCUUUUGGGCAAUCAAACAGUCAAUAUCUAUCGCCGCAGCCUCAGCCUCAGCGGGCACAUUCGCAGCCAGGCUAUUCAUAUCAUCCUCCGCAACCCGGCCAACCCAGCCAACCAGGCCAACCAAGCCCACAACUACCACCCCAACAUGUUCAAUAUGGCCCUCUGCCUCCUCCUUAUCAGCCGCCUCCUAACGAACACAAACCCAGUGUACACUUUCCGCCCGCCGCCUCUCCAUUAGGCCAAUAUCCACCGCCCCCGCCGAAUCAAUCGAGGCCUGAUCCUUACCAAAUGAGUCAAACCAACUAUCAGGCACAACAGCUUGCUCCUCCCCAACACGGCCCAAUUAUUCCUCAAAACUACCCCUACCAACAGCAGUCCAACGUAUACCCACCUUACCGGCCCGGUCCAGGCCCUUCCAGCAGUGAGUUAGGUUUCGGAAAUGGAUAUACUUCAGAUCCAGAACCGCAAAGAAGAAAACACAAGAGUCGCCCACGCCGCGUCUCUGAAAAUACCAGAUCCACAAACGCGGAUGGGUUUAUUGGGGCGACAGGCGGCGGACUGCUGGGGGACCUCCUGUUUCCCGGGCUGGGUACGAUUGGUGGCGCCCUUUUUGGGUGGGUUGGUGGUAAGGAUUACGGCAAACACCGGAAAUGGCGCGAGGAGAAGAGAGAACGCGACCAGGAGAGGUGGGAACAGAAGUUCGGCCGUGGUCGGUCGAGCCGGUCCAGUCAGUCCAGGAGUCACAGCCGGGACAGGCGGAGG